GAACUAAAGAAAGUAACUACAGACUUGGUAAGGUCCAAGGUCACCUCUCAGUACAGGGUGGGAGAAGAAAACAUCAAUCUUGCAGCAAAGGAAAAACAGUUUCAAGAACUGCAACAAAAAAUCAGAAUGGAGACGGCAGUUAGUAAAAAAGUUCAAGAAGAAAACACUUACAUUAAAGAAGAAAAGUUGGAAAUUCUCAGCUCUCUACAAUGUGUGCAGGAGCUGCUUCAGCGAAUAACCCAAGCGAAUGUUAGAAUGGAAAGCGAAUUAAAUGCACUGAAAGAACAGUAUCAGACCCUUGAAAGAGAUAAUGAGCUGCAAAGGGAGAAGGCAAAGGAAAAUGAAGAAAAGUUCCUUAAUCUUCAGAAUGAGCAUGAGAAAGCACUAAGAACUUGGAAAAAAGAUGAGGAAAACAUGAGAAGAGAAAUAGACACUAUUAAAAAUGAGCUGAAUUCCAUUAAAGGAGUUCAUAGACAUCUUGAAGAUCCUCCUCCUCCUCUGGGAAAUCAGCAUUCUGAGCAAGUGGCAACUCUGCAGAGUGGUCAAGAACACUCAAAAGACAGUGAAAUUAAGGUUAUUCAGAAAGAAAAUGAGUGUGUGCAAUCUAUAAUAAGAAAAGAUGGUAAUUUUGGACAUGAAGAAGAAACUGAAGUAAAAAACACAAUGGACUACUCUUUAAGCAUUGAGGAAUUACAGCCAGAACAAAAUUUACAAGUUCUUGAAAACAGUUUUAAGGAUGAAAUUAAUGUUGCUAGCCCUUAUGAAGAAAAGCAAAGGGAGUCUUCUCCCAGGAAUACCCUCUGCACAGAUACUGAUUUAAUUACUCAAGGACAGACCUCGGAAAUACGUGUCUCUGAGUGCAAAGAAGCAGAAAAUCUAGGGGCAACACGUAGAGUGUUACUGAAUGAAAAAAAUGCAAAUUUAGAACAAAAGCUACAGGACAGCACUGAGCCAUUAGCAGCAUGCCACACACAAACAAGAAAGGUCUCUCCAGACACUACUGGGACUAUGGGUGCCUACAAGAAAAAUGGAAGUCAGGAGACCGACUCUGUCAAGCAAGAAUGGUGCAAUUCUACAGAUGAAUCAAAUUGUACCAAGGCAGACAAAUCAAAUACCAUACUACACCACAAAAAUGUCCUGACACCCGAAGCACCCAAAGCCGAGUCUGAAGUGAUUCUUUGCUCUCAGAAUACUGUGUGUGAUAGAAGUACAGAUAAUUAUCGAGCUAAGGAAUUAAGUUUUGGCAUCCUAUCUUAUAUUAAAGAAAAUUCUCAAACAGAACACCAAGAAUCUAGCUUGCUGGACAGUGACAGUUAUGUAGGCAAUGAAUUACAUAACACAGAAAAAAACUUCUUAAAUCUGAGUGGUUUACAUAGAGAUAAACUUCCUUUAAAACAGACACACGUCAUUUCUGAAGACAAAAAUUACAAUGAUAAUGCCAAAAACAUAAACAGAAAUGGUGCCCUGAGGAGUACUGGUGUUCCAGCAACUGAUGCUCAAGAUCUACCAACCGUUCAUUGUGAUAAUGCAGGUGGUGAUGAUGCUACAAAAGAACACAGUGAUAAUAAGUCUCUCUUAGGUACUUUCAAUCUCUGCCCCCCAAAAAUAGAAAGAGGAAUAAACGUGGAUGACAUGCACAGCAAGCAACCCGAACAAGACAGUACUGAACCAACAGGGAAUGCUACAAAUUCUUCGAACGCUGGAGCUGUAUCUCCAGUAAAGGCUGAUGGUCUUGAAAUAAUUGCUUAUAAAAAACCUCCACCAGAUAGAAUUAGCAGAGAUAAACUAAUUCCAUGUAAAAAAGUUAAUGACGAUAUUCAGAUACACUCCAUCAAAAACGGACAUUCCCUGGAGAUUAAUAAUUCAACAAAUAACACAUUGUUAAAAGAGAAAAAAGACUCACUGAACAGUACAGUUCCAGGAAGGAAGUUUGCUGAGGGUCACCUGAAAGAAUCAUGCUCUUUACCCAUGAGAACAUCUGGAAAUUUAGUAAACAUAAGUGGAAGGUCAUCCUUUGAUCUUUCAACCUCAGAAAAAAAAGCUGAGAAAACUCCAGUAUACUUAAAUUUUUUAGACCUCAAUUCUUGUUCAAGAGUAAAUCAAAUGAGAGGUCAAGCUACAUGGGCUUCAGCUUCCGAGGAACCUUCCCUUUUAAAAGAGAAACAACUACCAUGCUUAGUGGAAAACACAAAUGUUAUUUCAAAAACACAGUGUCAAAAUCUCGGUGAAUACAUUGACAGAAGAGAAACUGGAUUAGGUUCUACCAGUUUUAACAGAGCUGCAGACACUUUGAAUACCUCCAGUAUCCAUGGAGACCCCCAGGGAGACCCUAGUGAAGAAUGGAAUGCUACAGCAAAGCCUUUUUAUGAUUCUUCUUUUCCCACAGAACAUGUGAAAGAAGGAUUUUUACAGCAUGAGCAGAAUUCUUCUCAAGUGACUGUAACUCCAGCAAGAAGCGAAAGCAUGCUCAGAGAUAAGGACAGCUGUUCUAGUCCCAGCUCCACUAUACAAAACCAAAUAGAAGAAAUUGAGAAAUUUCUGGAUUUGGAGAGACUUCAUUCAGCAAGAAAAAGAAAAUAUGAAGAAGGCCAGUGA